UCAUCUUCUUCUUUCUCCCGUCACACGUGCUUCCCUCCUCACUUUUCACCCUUACAGCCGGCUCCGCCGUGUUUUUCCGUUCAAUAUCGCCGCACCACCUCCCUUUUACCCAGUGUGAACUGGAUCUUUUUACUUUAUUGUUACCGGUGUCUCUGAAAUUUAUCUUUAUACCUAUUUCCCUCUUCCUCUCUCUCUCUUGACUUCUCUUUCUGGCAUUAUCUUACGCUUCUUCUCCGUCUGAUUCUUUCUCUCAAUACCCGUUUCAUUCUUCCUCAAAAUUUUUAGUCUUCAGAUGACCCAUUCUCUCUGUUUGAUUUAAUUAGCCUGAAGAAUUGUGUUUUGGUUGGAACUAUUAGCUUUAGAGAACAUCCAGAUGUUCUAUCUUAGCCGAAUUGAGCACACACUACGUGUACCUCCAAGCUUGCUUAAUUUACCUAUCCUUGAUGCUAUUAAGGGUGAGCUGGAGAAACUAUUCAUAGAUAAGGUGGUUGCAAACUUGGGGCUAUGUAUUUCUGUUUAUGAUAUAAGAUCGGUUGAUGGUGGCUUUAUCUUUCCCAGCGAUGGUGCUGCAACAUACAAGGUUGUGUUCACGUUGAUUGUGUUUCGUCCAUUCACAGGGGAGGUAAUUAUUGGAAAAGUUCAAGAAUCAAAUGAAAAUGGUUUGCGAAUAUCACUUGGAUUUUUCGAGGAUAUUUAUGUUCCGGUCGAGCUUAUGCCCUCUGGAUCUGAAUUCACACCAGAUGAAAAUAAUGGUGGAAGACGCAGAUGGGUGUGGAUCUAUAAUGAAGUACCGUUCGACAUAUAUGAAUCUGAUGAGAUAAAAUUUAAAAUACACAGCAUAGAGUACCCUGCAAUCCUAGUGGAGCAGCCAAAAGAGAGUAAUUCAAAAUUUCCAAUGGAGGAGAAACCAAAAGAGAGUAUUAAUGUAAAACCAUUCGCUCCCAUGGUUAUUACUGCAUCACUUGACCAAGAUGGAUUGGGUCCUGUUUCGUGGUGGGAUGGUUCGGGAGAGGCCGAGGAUGAGGUCGAAGAAGAUUCCUAAGCUCAGUAUCUCGUUCUGUUUUCUCAUUUAUAACUUUGUAUUAUAUAUCAUUCAAUGAUAGAACUUGUGACACACGAUCAAGCAAAAAUUUAAGGAUAAAAGGUCCAUUUUCUCA